AUGGCGAUGGCAGCAGUCAAAGUGCUGAAUUCGCGGAUACGAUCCAAUCCAUAUCUUGACUAUGUCUGCUCAACCCAUUUCUGGGGCCCCGCUUCCAACUUCGGUAUCCCUCUAGCAGCCAUUGUCGACUUCAAGAAAGAUCCCGAGAUUAUCUCUGGGAGAAUGACGGUUGCCCUCACAAUAUACUCUGCCGUUUUCGCGAGAUAUGCGAUGGCAGUGCAGCCGAAGAAUUACCUUCUGUUCGGCUGUCAUGUCAUCAAUUUCACCUCACAAGCCUUCCAAGGAUUCCGAUACUACAACUAUUGGCAUAUGGGUGGUCGGGAGCAGACUAUGAAAGAUCAGGCAGCUCAACCGAUACAUGCUGCUGCAGAGAAGAUUAAGGAGGCGGCGGACAAGUCGACAAGAUGA